GACUAAAUUAGAUUUGCUAACCAGGAGCCGUCUAUUACCACGGUCGCUGACGCGAACCCGUCGACAUUUCAUUGCCCACCUCCACCAAUCGUGUACCAUCCGAACACUCCAACUUCAGGUACAGGCCCCGCUAAUUGAUAUCCCUUAUAAUUCGGAAGAACAAUAAUACUUAGCAAAAAAAAGGAUAUUACUAAAAGCUGAUACAUAUUUAAGACACUUCAGAUUCCUCGAAACUCGAAAGCAAAACCCGGAGCCCGUUUCCCCUACUCCACGCCGGACUUCUCCCGUUCCAUACUCCGCUUCAACUCCAUGGACAACGAUUUGAACAUUUUUGUCUCAAUGGCGUGUCCUUAUUAAGUUAAGGACACCGCGCGGACCACCAGACAGCGUCUUCCUCUUUAUAUACUGCGCUAAUAUUCUCGUUCCGCACAUUACGUCCCCCCCCGCGGGGUCUCACGCAGCUCACUCUUGAGAAAACGGGAAGGGAAUUUCUCAAACACCAGAGCGGCACACCGCGGGAUUGGGCCCGAAGCGAGGAUGCCGGACUCCGGUGGCAGCGCACCGCGGAAAUUAGGCAGCAAGGAGCUGCCACGGCCGGCUGCGAAGGUCCUCUUCGGGAGGUUCGAGCUGGUCCGCCUCCUGGGCUUCGGCGCCUCCGCCCGCGUCUACCUCGCCCGCGACCUCCGCUCCGGCCACAGCGUGGCCGUCAAGGCCAUCCCCAAGGGCCGCGUCGCCAAGGACGGCCUCUCCCACAACGUCGUCCGCGAGAUUGCCAUCAUGCGCCGCCUCCACCACCCCCACGUCCUCCGCCUCCUCGAGGUCCUCGCCUCCCGCUCCAAGAUCUACUUCGUCCUCGAGCUCGCCCGCGGCGGCGAGCUCUUCGCAGAAGUCGCCCGCGGCCGCCUCCCCGAGGACCUCUCCCGCCGCUACUUCCGCCAAUUGAUCGCCGCCGUUGGCUACUGCCACUCCAACGGCGUCUUCCACCGCGACCUCAAGCCGGAGAACCUCCUCCUCGACGACGCCGGCAAUCUCAAGGUCUCCGACUUCGGCCUCUCUGCGCUCCCCGAGCAGAUCCGCGGCGACGGGCUCCUGCACACCCUCUGCGGAACGCCGGCGUACGUCGCGCCAGAGAUCCUCGACAAGAAGGGAUACGACGGCGCCAAGGUCGACGUCUGGUCCUGUGGCGUGAUCCUCUACGUCCUCAACGCCGGAUAUCUGCCGUUCAACGACCCCAAUCUGAUGGCGAUGUACCGCAAGAUCUACCGCGGGGAGUACCGGUGCCCCAGGUGGACCUCGCCGGAGCUCCGGCGGCUAAUCGGCCGGCUCCUGGAACCGAAUCCCGAGAGGAGGAUCGCCAUCGACGUGAUCCUUCGCGACCCCUGGUUCAAGAAAGGGCUCGGCGAAGAGGAGUGGACGGCGCUGGCGAAGUUCCACGCGGCGGAGACGGCGGAGGCGGAGGACGCAAAGUUCUGGAAGUCGGAGGAGCCGGACCGGGCGCUCAACGCCUUCGAUCUAAUAUCCUUCUCCUCCGGGCUCGAUAUGUCCGGUCUGUUCGGACCUCAGUCAGACUGGAAGCGGUUCAUCUCGGCCGAGCCGGCCGAGGCGAUUCUCGCGAGAGCUGAAGAUAUUGGAAAGAAAGAGGGGCUCGUGGUUCGGAGAAAAGGGAAGAAGGGGCUCGCAGGAGUGGUGGUGGAGGGGCAGAUUGGUAAUUUGGUAACGAUUGUGGUGGUUCGCCGGCUGGGUGAUGGGUUGGUGGUGGUGGAGGCGGAGGAUGGCGGCGGUGCCGCCGAGAGGUUUUUCCUUACAGAGAAACUCUGGCCGGCGUUGGAGGGGCCGGCUAGUGAAACGGGGAGUUCCGGUUCAGUAACUGACCGGCCGCACCCGGUUCCGUGAGACUCUGGUUGCUGUUUUAAAUUGACUUGACUUGGCUUGCUGGGGAUUUAAUUCCGGCGAACUUCUCACCUGUCAAAUCGCUGGUGUCCUUUCUGUGCAGACAUGAGUGGCGCUUGUUUGUAAAUACUUAUCUUCUUUUGCAAAAAAAAAAAAAAAUGUUAAAAUAAGGUGAUUAAGAUGGAUUCACAUUUUAUUUUUCGCACAAAAGACUGGUUCACCUUUUUUUAGAGCUGUGCAGGUGGAUGAUAGAAAAGUUCGGAAUAAUUUUAGAUUUGUGCAGAGUACGAUUUAAUUAUUGGCACCAUAAAAUAAGAUCUAUCAUUCUUUU